CCACAUUGGUGAUCUCCCAGCUCUUCAGGAACUGUGGCUUGACCACAACCAAAUCAGUCAUCUUCCGCCGGAGAUGGGCCGCCUCAAGAACCUUCUGUGCCUGGACGUUAGCGAAAACAGACUGGAAGAUGUCCCAGAGGGCUUGUCAGGUCUUGUGAGCCUGACAGAUCUUCAUCUUUCCCAAAAUUUGAUAGAGGCCCUUCCUGAUGGGAUAGGUUCCCUCACCAAACUCACCAUAUUCAAGGUUGAUCAAAAUCGCCUUAUGACUCUCAACCCAAAUAUUGGCAAAUGUGAAAACCUGCAAGAACUCAUUUUGACAGAGAACUUGUUAUCAGAACUGCCAGAUUCUCUGGGCAACCUGUCUAAGCUUACAAACCUUAAUGUUGACCGCAACAGAUUAAAUGAACUACCUCCUCAGAUUGGUAAAUUGGUCAACCUGGGUGUGUUGUCUCUCAGAGAUAACAGACUCCAGUACCUUCCUCCGGAGACAGGCAACUGCAGAGAAUUACACGUUCUUGAUGUUUCUGGAAACAGGUUGCAGUAUUUGCCGCUUACCAUCACUGCAUUAAACUUGAAGGCUGUUUGGCUCAGCGAAAACCAAGCUCAACCUAUGUUGAAUUUCCAGACAGAGGUCGAUGAUGCAUCGGGGCAAGAAGUCCUUACCUGUUUCCUCCUCCCUCAACAAGAGUAUCAACAUGAAAAUCUUGAGUACGGAUGUGGUAUGGCUGGUAGCGAGGGCAGGCUGUACCGCACUGGUGACCUGAGCACUGAUAAUCUGACGGACAUCGGCCCCACAGUCAAUGAAUGGCCUCACGAGGAUGAUGACAGCUGGGAUCCCAACGACCCUAAUGAGUCGAGAGUUUCCAUGGUCAAGUUCCAGGAAGAUCAGGACACGGAGGAUGGAAAAGAGCAAUUAUGCAAACGACUGGUGGAAACACUGAGUAACUUCGUACGCCAAAACACACCACAUCCACGAGAUCUUAAAGCAAGGGCAGAAAAACUGUUUAGUAAGGGAACUAAAACGAGUGAUGGACCUCUUCUCCCUGCUGGUGAACUCAUGGAUAAAGGAGAAGUUUUCAGACCAAAGAGAGAGAGUCCGCCUUCGCCAGUGUCUGGCCAAGCCAGGCAGGAAGAGAUGGAGGUGACAGCUAAUGUAGAACCUCCAUCAAAAAUGCAGCAGGAAGUUCGCCUAGAGGCGGAACCACCUGAAGUUCACUACUUGAAUCAGUCUGGAGAUUCGAGCGCUUUUGACAACAGCCAGCUUGAAGGUGAAAAGCAUGUAGGCUUUUCACUGGAAUGUGAAAAUGCAGAAGGAGGAGGUGAGGAGGUAGUGGAAGAAGUAGAUGACCAGAAUCGACCGAGUCGUCUAUUCAGACGCGACACUCCUCAUCACUUGAAGAACAAAAGAAUCAGCCCUUCAACAAAGAAUGCCGAUUUAGAGAAGGUUGCGUCCAUUAUUGCUCAGCCCCUGCGAAGUGAAUUAAUCAGACAACAGGCUAUGCAGCGAGGUGAAGGAGGUAGUGAGGCUGAUAGUGUCCAAGAUCGCGCAGCCUCAGAAUCUGAUGCUGAUAGUCGCUCUAUCGUCUCAGACAGAGGUCCAUCUGUGGUAGUUGAGGAGAAGAAGAUGGAGGUCAAUGUUGAACGGACUUCUGGUGGUUUAGGUUUGUCAAUUGCUGGAGGAAGAGGUUCAACGCCUUACAAGGGAGAUGAUGAAGGCAUUUUUAUUUCGAGAGUAACUGAAGAUGGUCCUGCAUACCUUGCUGGGCUACGCGUUGGAGACAAACUGUUAAUGGUUAAUGGACGUGAUGUAGAAGUAUGUGACCAUUAUGAAGCUGUAAAUAUUAUGCGUGAAGCUGGUUCCCAGCUAAGAUUAGUUGUAUCCCGAGAAGUGACUAAGCUUGUACCAGAUAAGAAAACUGUAAAGGUGGAGCCUGUAGGAAACCAUGUGGUGUCUCCAAGCAUUGUGAGUGUUAGCAAAGUGCCAGAACAAACCAGCGUGCCUGAUAGUCUGCCAAGGGAGGUCACAGCCAACCACAUGGGUACACCCGUGAAUGGCCACAGUGAAGCUCCAGCCGUCAAUGGAGAGCAUGCUAAUAUGAACGGGGAAAGAGAACCCAAUGGGGAAAUGGAGCACUUUGAUACAGUGAACUUCCCGAAGCAGAUCCUGACGGAAACCAUCUACACCACCUUAAUGCGAGAUCAUAAUGGUCUUGGCUUUAGCAUAGCAGGUGGAAGAGGGGCAGCUCAGUUCAAAGAUGGAUCAGAUGCUAUUUACAUAUCCAGAAUAACAGAAGGUGGGGCAGCAGCCAAAGAUGGCAAGUUACAAGUUGGGGAUAGAGUCAUAUCAAUAAAUGGUGUUGAUCUUGACGGAGCCCGGCAUGACCAAGCUGUAUCUAUGUUGACUGGCUUAGAGAGAUUUGUGAGAUUAGUAGUUCACCGUGAGACUUUAGUUCCUCCAGGCCAAGGGAAUGCAAAUAAUUCAAAAUCAUCCCCUCGUGUCUUUGGUGCUCCUCGACCCUAUACUGGCCUUUAUAGUGCAGGCUCAUACAUGGCCAACCGGCCUAGUUAUACGGGAUAUAGACGAGCACAACCCGGAGGAAGAUUAUCAGGCUCCUCCUUACCAGACAAUUGUACAAAUCAUAGCGGACCUAACUGUAGUCCAUCUUCCUCGCCAGCAUCAGUGACGAAGCAUCAGCAGCAGCAGCAGCAGCAGCAACAGCAACAACUAUCCAAUCAAGUCAUUCCUGAUGCAGCUGUACCUAAUGCUGUUGGGAACAUCGCAACUGGCACCACCCAGGUAGCCACAAACCGGCCCCUCACUAAUGAUGAUUUUAAUUCUAUGAUUCCACAGCAUUUUUUGGAGGGCCGGUCUAAAGAGGAGACCCAACCCUCAGUGCAUGUAACCGUCAACCUUCCUACGGACGACAUGCCUUUGGGAAUGGCUUUCCCACCUCCACCCACCAAAGUAGGCAUAGUGACAGAGAGCAUCACCAAAUCCACUUUGACGGAAACAGUGGUUACACGAAUCACAGACAACCAGUUGGGCGAGAUGCCUCUGGUGGUUGAGGAAGUAUCUUUGUAUAAAGAUGGAGGACCAUUAGGCCUUAGUAUAAUUGGAGGCUCAGACCAUUUUUGUGUUCCUUUUGGCAUAGCGCCAGAUGAUCCUGGGAUAUACAUAUCAAAAAUUACAGCAGGAGGAGCGGCUCACAAGACAGGGAAACUCCGUAUGGGCGAUCGAAUAUUAUCCGUCAAUGGUGCUGACAUGACGGGAGCAACACAUCAAGAAGCUGUUAUGGCUCUCUUAAACCCUCCCAAUGAAAUUGUCCUCACUGUUAGACACGAUCCACAACCUAAAGGGCUCAAGGAAGUUGUGAUCAAGAAGUUGCAAGGUGAGCGUCUUGGUAUGAACAUCAAGGGAGGUGUUCAAGGUUCUCCAGGAAAUCCCCUCGAUAAGUCAGAUGAGGGUGUGUUCAUCUCCAAGAUAAAUUCAAAUGGUGCCGCACAUAGGGAGGGUAAACUUAGAGUUGGGCAGAGAGUGCUCGAGGUUAAUGAGCAUUCCUUGCUUGGUAUCACUCACGAAGAGGCUGUGAACAUCAUGAGAUCUGCGGGAUCAACUAUCCGAUUGGUUGUUUGUGAUGGAUAUGACUAUGCUUUGGUCCAGCAGAUGAAGGCAGAGGGGCGGUUAGGUCACGAGUCGCGCAGUACCAGUCAGAGUGUCUCGUCAUUAGACAAGGAAGAUCGGGAGAAUCCCUCACAAGUCAUGGAGGUAGUCAGAGCAGCUGAACAACUAACGUCAAGACCACUGUCUCAAAACUCAGCUGCCAGUAGUAUUGUUCCCUCAGCUUUGGAAAGAAAAGCCUCGGCAGAAAACAAAACGACCACAGUUGUUUUAGCCAAACACACUUUAGCUCCACAGACUAGUACACCCAUCGCUCCGGGCCGCAUCAGUACCAAUGGUGAUGAUUUGAACAACUCCGUAUCGCCUGUUCCUCCCUCCUCCUCACCUCACACCCACAUAACCCCUCCCCCCUAUGAUCUUGGAGGUUCGGCAGAGGAUCUAGUGGACUCAGCUGCACGAAAAUUCAACAGGGUGGAGGUAGCAAAAGAGGUGCCGGCAGAGACUCCGAAAAAGAUAAGCAUGAAAGACCGAAUGAAGUUUUUCGAAGACGAGAUGAAGAAAGACAGGGAAGGGCCGCCGAAAGAAAACAGGAAGUUCUCCUUCCUGAGCCAGGAUGAGGUCGCCAAAAUGAAGGAAGACGAAGAUCGACGAGUUGCUAGCAUGACUCCUGAUCAGCUAGCCAAUCUUUCUCGGUUAGAUGACGUGGAGGAAAUGGCAGAUGAUCUUGCUCAACAAUUUGGUGUAGUAGUAACCAGUGAUUACGACCAUCGAAGAUACAAUGACAUUGAUAUUUUGGCUGGCCUCAAUGAAGCUAAUGAAAAAGAAUAUUCCAUACAGGCAAACAGUGAAAGUGUUCAGCCUGUUAUUCGAACAGCAAAAGCUGAGAGAAGAGCUCAGUGUAGGGAAAACCAGUCGGCAGAUGAAGAAGAACAGCUUUCUCCAGCAGACAAAAGAAGAGCAGAAGCAGAGAAGAAAGCAGCAUGGAGACAAGCUCGCUUGAAAAGUUUGGAAAAUGAUGCUAUGCAAGCACAGUAUGUUAUAGAGAAAUACAGCCAGUUGUCAGACACAGCCAAUGAAUCUAAAAAUGACAACUCCUUAAAUAACUACAACAUCUUGGAUCAAGAGAAUAAUAUGCCCAGCCUCACUCGCAAAUGGUCCAAACUGGUUGUGGUGCCUCAGCCAAGUGAGAAGACUAGGACUAUUGCCGAACGUGAUCGUGUCCUGUCUGAGAAAGUGAUGCGCAAGACCGUACCUGUUGUGGACCCCAGCACAGGGGAAGUGACCGUGCAGACCACGGAGACUGUUGAACGCAUCAUAGAGCGUGAGGUGGAAACUUGCCGAGAAACAUUGAUGACACUUUCCCUAACUGAUGCAGAAAAUGCAAAUGAAAAUCCAGUUAAGACAGCUAGCAGCAUAGAAGACCCAACUAGAGUAGAAGAGGAAUUAAAUAAUAAAGAUGAUGUAUAUACUGACUCUACAGAGAUGAAGGUACAAAUGUCUAUUGAUGAUGAUUCUACAGGAAAUUCAACUGACGAAAUUCAUGGUGAUGGAGUAGCUAUGUCCACAGAUGAAUCAGAUAGAGAAAUUUCUACUCCAUUACCUCAGACCCCAACCACUCCUGAUGAAAAUGCAAAUGAUAAACGUUGACAUCCAACAGAGCUGUGUAGUUGGAGGAAUUAAUGUACAGUUUCAUUCAUGAUGUUUAUGGAUAGACAUCAAGACCCCUUUUUUAUAGUAAAGAAGUGUGGUGACAUAUAUAUACUUCCAGUAUAGAUUUAUACUGUAUUAUUUUAAUGGAUUUUGAGCAACUUCUGUCAAAGGGAGAUACAUAUCAGUGCUUACCAAAUGCCUCUCAAAUAAACCUCAUUGAUAUGUUUCCCAUUGUGAUUAUGUGGAAGUGCAGCCGUAUUGGUUUUGUAAUUUGUAAAUUGCUUGUGAUCCAGAUCAUUUUUAUUCAUCAUAAUAUUAGUCACCUGUGAUUUUGAAAAGAAAUUUCAAAUAACUAGCUUUAAUUGUCAUGACCAAGCAUUUAUUGUAUGAUUAUUUUUUAAAUUACUAGCCUUGAAAUCAAUUACCUCUUGAUUAUGCUUGUAAAUAUACUUUCCAGCAGCAUUUUCUGGCAGAUGGAUAUAGUUGCAUUUAAGAUGGGUAAUGAUUAUAAAGGCAUAAAUUGUUAAUAUCUAUUUUGUAAGUGACAAAGUUUGCAAAGCUUUAGCUGUAAGCUCUAAAGCAUUGUCAAGCGCUUAAUUGUUUGGUCAGUGUAAAUGCAGGCUGGAAGAGUUGUUCCCAUAUUGUGGAUAAACAAUCUAUAAAGUUUUAUAUUUCAGGAGUCAGUUCAUAGUGAUGUAUGCAGAUGUAAAUAUUUCAUUGAACUAUUCUAGUAUAGAUCAAGAGUGUUUUAUAAGGAUUUUAUAAAAGAAGAUUAUUAUACAAACACCCAUUUUAAGCAUCAGGCAGUUUGUAUUUGGAAUGUCAGUCAUUUUACUUUUAACUAUGGUUUUUUAAGUUGUUUCCUUAAUAUUAAGUUUUGAAAUAGUUUGUUCUGAAAGUUUUCUCACUGUUUUGAGAGGAAUACCAGUCCAUUCCAUCAGUUUUAGAAUACUUUAUUAGCAGUGCUUCAUUUUAAACAUUAAUGACCAUAGUUUGUGAUUAUGUUGUUAAAUAGGGUUAUUCUGUCAAAUAGGGCCAUUGAUCAUUUAUUUUCCCCUUUUUUUAUAUAUAUAGAUCAUGUCCCACUAGUGCAGCUAUUCAGGCACAGUGAGAAUAUGAGUGAGAGAGAGAGCGCCUUGUUCAUAUGUGACCAUAACCUUUUGUAAAUAAAGUGUUAUGCUAAA